AUGGCAAAGCUAGCAUCUUCAAAAGACUCCGACGCACUAAGGGUCGUUCCUAUUAAAGAACUGGAGCAGUCAACCAUUGAGAAAAUAAUUGAGACAUUAAUCAUCCAAACAGGCGAAAGUUGGAUGACGCCGCUCAUCCAAUACCUGAUGGAUGCGAAACUACCAAAUAAUAAAUACGAGGCCAGACGGAUCAGGUAUAGAGCUGCCAGAUACUUAUUGUACGACGGUUUGCUUUACCGACGAGGCUAUUCAACACCUUUACAACGGUGCCUGGAUAAUAACAAAGCCCAGAAGGUCUUCCAAGAAAUCCAUGAAGGAGUCUGCGGUAAUCAUACAGGGGGGCAGUCUUUAGCUCUUAAGAUUUUGAGGCAAGGGUUCGGGGUCCCCCACUCGAUAGUGUCCGACAAUGGGAAACAGUUCGAUGAUGCCUCAACACGAAGAUUCUACGACAGCUUGGGCAUUCGAAAGGACUUCUCGGCGCCGAUACAUCCACAAUCUAAUGGGCAAGUCAAAGCAGUCAAUAAAAUAUUAAAGUAUACCCUAAAGAAGAAGCUCGACGAACUAAAGGGAAAAUGGGCCGAGGAACUUCCCAAGGUCUUGUGGGCAUACAGAACGACGAGCUGA